AUGGCGCCCUACCGCGACGAACAUAUGCUUAUCAUAGCACCUGGUUCUCGAACCACGCACGUUCAAUUAGGUCUCCCAGAGAGCCUCGCACCCGCUCAACAUAAAUUCGCGACGCGUAUGUUCCUUGCGCCAGAUGGAAAAUCAUACGAACCGUACCGAAUAAAGUCUUCCAAAAAAGAAGAUUCCGACGAGGAGGAGCUCAUUGAAUACCCAGAAGACGAUGAGGGUGCAAUUUGGCCGCUUAAAGAUGGUCGCAUCGAUGACCUGAAAUGCUUUUUGGCCUUCUUACACCACAUACACGGCAAACUGCAACCAGGGCUACACAUCGGACUGGUGAUUGUCGCUCAGCCAUGUUGGACACCCAAAGACCACGAGGAAAUCACUCGAUUUGUGUUUGAGACCUUCAAAGUCCCAGGAUUUCUGCUGCUCGAUUCUGCCAUUGCAACAACAUGGGCGUACGGUGUCGAGAACGCAUUGGUGUUAGACGUUGGAUACACAAAGGCUGAUAUUUCCGCUGUUUCGCAAUUCGCAGUCGCCAACCGUGGCACAACAAUUGGCUUCGGAGGAGACAAUAUGACAGAAACGUUGCUCUCUUUGGUCAAGGGAAAGUAUGAGCCACCAUUCACGAAGGAAAUGGCCGAGAAACUCAAGCAGAGCAAUAUCUGCGAGGUACUUCCUCCAAACAUGCCAUUACCUGGCUCGGAGGGAUUCGAAGAGGAUAUCAGCAAUCCCGCAGCGGCCGCUUCGACUGGAGCUCUAGCCUCUGGCCCCAGUGUAAAGAUCACAGGCCCUCCUCGUAUGAAUACCGAGCCAGGACUGGAUGACGUUGUUGAGAAAGAAGAUGGUGUGCUUGACAUUGCUACUAUUGUUGCCAGUGGCAAGACGCAAGAGUUUCUCGCAAAGGCAGAAAAAGCCAAGGCAGACAAAGCAGCAGCCAAGAAAGCUGUGAAGGACCGUGAGGCGGCGGAAGCUGCUGCAACUCGGGCUACUCGAAUUCCAAACUCAAAGCGAUUACACAAUACUUGGGUCUGGGAGUCUGUGAAAUCUGACGGCCAAAAGGAAAAGGAAAGAGAGAAAGAGAAGACCCCUGAGCCUGUGACUGCUAUUGACAGCGCUGGCCCAGUUCAAGCUGCCGAAGAUUCGUCAUUACCGGCUACAGAAGCGGCAGGCCAAUCUAAGCCAACAGCGAAGAAAGACAAGAAAAAGCAAUGGGAAGAUGACAAUCCUGAUCUCGUUCGUCAUGAAUACCAAAUAGGCCCUGAAAGGCUGAUGGUUGCGGAUCACUGGUUUAUCGAUAGGAUAGCGGAUGAAAUUUACCGCUGUGUUCAAGGCAUGAGGGACAUGUCUUCAAGGCAAAAUGUAUGGGACAAUAUCAUAAUCUGUGGAGGUGGAGCGAAAGUAAAAGGCUUCAAGGAGGCAGUGAUGCAAACUCUUAAUAACCGAUACCUGAUUUCGCCAAGUUCUGCUACCAUGUUUAUGAGCGAACUACCGUCGAAUAUCGCUACUCCCAGCGGUACUGGCUCCAUGACUCCAAAUGCGUCUUUUACUCCUACGCCACAUGGUGGUCCAACGCAAUCGAAUUCGCUUCUCAUCGCUGCAACCACAGCCUCGAAUCCAGCCUUGAAUCCAAACUUACAAUCCGGCUACAAUCCUGGUUAUAACACCCAUUCAUCACAUUCGCAAACUCCGACCGCAAUUAAACUUGCAAGUCCACCGACUUAUAUGCCAGAAUACAAGGACUUUCAUGAUGCUGAUUUCCUAGGCGCUUGUGUUGCAGCCAAGACCGUUUUGGUUACGGAUGGAGGAGCUACCAAAGGGCUGUUUGUGACGAGAAAUAUGUUUAACGAGGAAGGUCCCAGUGCUAUUCAUCAAAUGUGA